GUAAGGCUGGGGCAUUGGAGCCAAGCAACCGCACUACUGAGGCAGCAGAAGGCUCACCAGACACCUCCUCGGUGCUGCUGGCUGUUGGGGAGGACUUUCCACCAGAGAUUUCACUCUUCUUCUCUGUUGAGAGCCGCUCCUCCCGGUGCCUCAAUUCCCAGCUUCAGGAGGCAGCCAGAAAGAAGCUGUGGGCCCUGGAGAGUGAUGACAGAGACGUCUGUGCCCUGUUCAAGGAGCUGUCAGCCAGGCUGGUCUGCAUGCAAGCACAGGAGGAUCGGUUCCUCCUCACCUUCAAAACCCUAGAAGAAGUCUGGAAGUUUUCCACAUAUCUGACUUUAGGGUAUGUGGGCAGCUGCCUGGAGCAGCUUCUUUUUGACCGAGAGUACUGGCUAAACUGUGCUCUGAUGGAGGACACAGAGGUCAGAGUUACUGUGGAUGAGGAUCGCUUGGCCACCAUAUAUGUGGGUCUGCUACUCCAGGAAGGUAACUUUUUUUCCAGAGCAGUGCCUGGUGUCUGGCAGCUGGAGCAGAAGGGAGAGGAAGGUCUGCAGCUCUGCAGGAAUGAGCUGAUCCAUGUGAAGAACAUUGGAGAGGCGUCCAAGUGGGAAGGGAUGUCCUUACUGACGGGUCAACGCAGCCUGUUGCCUGUGACAGCUCUAGAGCCCAUACCUCACCCAUUUUACCAGUGGUUCCUGAAGAACUAUGCUGUGAGUUUUGGCAUCUGCCAGGAGAUCAGUGGGACGAGCUCUCAGCCAAUUGUCAAAGGCAGGUGCACAGCCAUAGAGGACCACAAAGGAGCAGCAUGGGAUGAACUAAGUUUCUCCAAAGGAGACAGCAUAGAAGUCAUCGGCUUCCUCAUUCCAGGACUCCCGUGGUUUGUGGGCAAAUCCCUCAGCAGUGGGAGCAUCGGCUUUGUCCCAACCCGAUACAUAAAUCCUGAGGCUUGCGAACCUCUGGCAAAGGGCUUGGUGUUUCUGAGCGAAGAAGAAAAACCCCCACUCCUGCACGUCCCCUGCAAUGGUGGCGAGCAGCACUUCACCACCCUCCUCAGUGACCUGGCACGCACUGACAUCACCUCUGUGUACCGGCUGGAUGGUUUUGAACCUACAGCCAUGUUCCCGAAAGUGCCAUCAGAGGCUGUUCUCCAUGGCUGUAAAGAUAUCCAGCUGCUUCAGUCUUGGGAGGAAAUAAAUGGCCUGGCUACGACUAGCACCUCCGAGCUGUCUAGCCCAGGGAGUGAAUCAGCCCCUGCUACAUUGGAAGAUGUUCUCCUGGAGAAGCUAGAUGAUUUUGAUGAUCCCAAGUUCUUUAUUGACCUGAAUGCUGGACACAUGGAAGAUGCUGAUGUCUUUGACCCCAUAUUGACCUUUCUUAACCAAGAGAGUUAUGUGCCCAGUUUUCAAAGCCUCUAUGAUCUCAGUUUUUCCUUUCUCAACUCCACUUUUUAUGGUUUCUCUGAUGAGGAUGAACUGGUCUUGUACCUUGAGACGUCCAGGAACUGGGCCAAGAGGACUCAUUUGGUUUGGGCUCAUGUCAGGCUCUGUUUCCUCUUGGGUAAGCUUUGCAUCAAAAAGGUCAAAUUCUCCCAGGCUCGGGUCUACUUUGAGGAAGCCAUGAGCAUCCUGGACAGGGGUUUUGGGGACCUGCCCCUGCUGGCUGCAUUGCACGUGAACCUUGCCUCCAUCUACUUGAAACAGAACAUGAAGCACAAGUUCUCCUCCCUGCUGGGAAAAACGGUGGCCUUGCUUGUCUGCUUGCCUGGCCGCUCUUUCAGCUCUGAGAACGAGCUGGAAGUCAUUAUGUAUGUCCUGAGGGAAGCCAUUGCUGUGGGCAACACUCCCUUGGAAGCACGGGUCUGCUUCCUUAUUGUGAAGUUCUUCCUACAGCUGGGCAAAAAUGAUGAAGUGCUGCCCUUUACUGAGCACCUUCAAUGUCUCAGCACCACUUUACUCAGCCCAGACGCUAGUUCUGUGCCACUGGAUGCCACCCCUAUCUUGAGCUACUUGUAUGACAAGAAGUACUUACCAAAUAUCGCACUGGCCUCCGCCAGGUUGUUUGUUCCCAGUGGCAUCAAGGGGGCACCAACACCCAUCUGGAGAGCUGGCUUGAUCCUCCAAAAUACUUCCAAACUCCUGGGAAGCCAACUGGAGAGGAGCAGCAUCCCAGCACUGGCUUGUUUCUAUCUUAAGCAAGCAUUGCAUUUCUCCUGCAAGAGCAGAGGUGUGCCCGUCCAGAGGACGCUGUGUGCCAUACUGUCCAGGAUGUACCUCCAGCACGGCAUGUUGGAUGGGGCGGUUGGUUAUGCAGCCACAGCCGUAACCCUUAGCAGACUGAUGGGUGAGGAGGAGGCUUUUGAGUCCUCCCUCUCUUUGGGCUGGAUGUAUCUCCUGAACAGCCAGCCGGGCCCAGCUGCAGACAUCAUGCGGCAGCUCCUGCGCUCCCUGCAUGGGACGGACAGUGUCACUCAGGGGGGAGCUGUGCACAAUCUCCUAGCCAUUGCCCUCAAAGGAGAAGGGCAGGUGCAGAAGGCUGCAGAGAACUACCUCCGGGCCCUGCACAAAGCCCAGGAGACCGGGAACAAGAGGAACCAGGCUAUCACCCUGGCUAACCUGGGGCAGCUGAGCCUCUCGCGCGGGGCGAGCCAGCUGUCCGAGCUCUACCUGCUCCAGUCGGCCCAGCUCUACGCUGAGCUCCAGGGCAGCGAAGACCUGGAGAUGGAGUUGGUGCGGGUGCUGCUGUGGCUGGCACAGACCAUGGUGAACAGGCAGAGGACAGAAGAUGGAAAACUGUGUUACGAACUGGCGUUGGUUUUUGCCCUGAAGUGGCAUAAUGUGAGGAGUCAGCUUCACGUCACUGAGUCUCUCUGCCAUUUCUACAGCAAAGUGUCCCCCAGUCUCCAGGCCAGCAUUACCUACCAUGAGCACUGGGUAUCUUUGGCACAACAGCUCCAGGACAAACAGAUGGAGGGCAAUGUCUGUCAGACCCUCAGCCAACUCUACCAGGCUUUGGGCACAUCCGAGGCUUUGAGACAGUCCCUGAACUGCACCAAACAGAGUCUGAGGAUCUUCAUUGACCUUGAGGAGACUGUGAAAGCAGCAGAGGCCUGGCUGCAGGCAGGAAAGCUCUACUAUUGUAUGCAGGAAGAUGAGCUGGUGGAAAUGUAUUUUCAGGCAGCCAUUCAAACUGCUCUGAAAGCUGAGAACUUCUCCUUGGCCAUGGAUCUUUAUGAAAAAGCAGGUGAUACCUUUUUUAAUGGCAGCCGAAGUAGAGAUCGCGCAGUGGAGUUUUAUAGGGGAGGUGCAGUGCCCUUGGCCAGGAAAUUAAAGGCCAGUAAGACAGAGCUACGGCUGUUCAAUAAGCUGGCAGAGCUGCAGAUCGGCCUGCAGGGCUACGAGAAGGCACUGGAGUUUGCCACUCUGGCAGCCAGGCUGAGCAUCAGGGUCGGAGAUCAACUGCAAGAGCUGGUUGCAUUCCACCGCCUGGCUACAGUCUACUAUUUUCUGCAUAUGUAUGAGAUGGCAGAAGAUUGCUACCUGAAGACGCUUGCCUUGCGUGCCCCCUUGCUGCAGUGCUCUGAAGAGGCCCGGUACUACUGCAAGGUGUAUUGCCACCUUGGCAACCUGACCCUGCACAAACUGAAGGAUGAACAGGAUGCAGCAGCCUACUUCCUGCUGGCCCUCGCUGCAGCCACCGAGCUAGGAGACCAGGAGCUGCAAGGCCUCCUUCACGUCAAGCUGGGUAACAUCCCAGGUGCCCCGUGGGGGCCUGAGGGCACGCCGGGCUGUGUCAUGGACCGGCCCCGGUGGCUGAGUGAAGGUGGUCACGUUGUCUGA